AUGACGGUCACCUCCGCAGAAGAUCCACUAAGCAUUCUACCACCCGAAAUUGUCCUGCGAGUUUUGGACUUUGCCUCGAUUUCCACUCUCGCGGCCCUGAGUUCGGCAUCUAGAGCCUGGCACGAGUUUAUCGAUGUCACCCACCAAGACGCAAUCUAUAGUUCCGAAGCUAGAACCUCCCUUCCUCCCAAUACGCCUCGAGAUCUCUCAUUCUUGUCAAAGGCUCACAACUUUUCGAAAUCCUUCGAAGGCACUGCAUCAUGGAAGGAGUUUUGCAAGCGCCAAACGGCCCUCGCCCAAAAUUGGGCCGAUUCCACUCCGAUCACCCGAGAAUCAGUGCUUCAAGUCGGCAAUGAUCCGGUGUGGCGCUUCCGGCCCGACUUCAAACGUCGCUUCUUUGUCUCUACCUCCCAUGUCGGAGGACUGAAUGUGACGGACAUGGAUACCGGUCGGAUCUUGUGGCGCAUGCCUUCAUCCGAGGACCGAGAUGACUAUGCCGUCCGACCAUAUGCCCACCUGGAGUAUCAGGACGGAAUGGCUGUGUUUGAUCGGGAAGGGGACGCAGUAGAGGUUUGGCAGGCAGAUGUGGAUGAUGCACCACGUGGAGAGUUUCGACGGAUCGCUGUUUUGCAUCAUGAUUGCCAAACGAGAGGAUUUCAACUCUCUUAUGACACACUAUGUGUGGUCUCGAACCAAGGACAGGGCUUCGUAUAUGACAUGACACAACGCCCCCCUCAAUUGAAGACACACUUGAGUAUUGAAAAUGGUGCUAUUGGUCAUCUUGAUCAGAGUCACGAUGCAGUAAUAUAUUCUGUCGGGGCAAAGGGCUAUCAUGUUUACAACAAAGCCACGGGUUCCUACUUGGGUGCGUUGCAUCCAUCUCGCUGCACAAAUAGAUAUCAUAUUCGCCCGCCAGCUCCAUCUUCUCGGUCAGCAAGCGCGGCCUUGGCUGGGGCGGCCAGACAUGGCCCUACCCAUCGCGUUUUUCCUCCUGGGCCACCUCGCAAAGACUUCUUGACACCCCUGGAGCUUCUCGACGGACCGCUCUCUCCAGCUCCAUCGGAUCCAGAACACGUCUGGCACGGGGAAGACGAAUGGGGGGCAGGCAUGUUAGAUGGUGAUCUUUUUGUCGGCUUCUCUCGGGCUGGACGAGUCUUCGUUUGCUCUAAUUGGCGCAAAGCAAUCCAUGAAGAAACUGCCUUCACUGCUAACACUUCCAUAAUUGAGUGUGAAACGGAUGGCUCUAGCUUUGACUUAGGCGGUUGGUUAGCAGUACGGAACCACCGUGUGAUGUUUGAAAUUCAAGACCGGAUCUAUAUUGUGGCCUUGGAUGAUCGUAACAAAAUUCAAACAUCCAAACCGCCUUUCCGUGCUUCUUACGCGCUAGCCACAAGCUCUGCCCCCCAGCUUGCUGUGCCUGUCAGCUUCAUGACAUUGUGUGACGAUGCCAUCAUGACCACAUACACUACUCUUGGCUGGCGUCAAACCCUCUCCAACAUUCCUGGUGAUGUUAGUCAACAACGACACGAAAACCAUACUCGGAUUUUCCCAACCAAGGCCAUUCGAAUUGUCAGCCUCAAUCCCAACUCAGUCGCCAUUUCAAACUCACACUCCAAUAAUACGACCCCCGACCAUUCCGCAGCAACAAAUGACGAUGCUUCGGAUCCCAACCGUGCCCUUGCCGAGGAUGCCUGGCGUUCCCAGGCCAGCUUGCUAGAGGUGAUUAGUAUGCUCCAGGAUGAGUUUGAAGAAGAGGAGGAGGAGGAUGGAGGUGCUGAGCUGCUGAUGGCAGAGUUGCAAAACGACGGUGUUAUCGACGGCGACUGGGAGGAUAUCAGCGAAGGUGAUGAUGAUGGCGAGGACGAACGUCCAUUCGUAUCCGGUACUUGA